CCAGCAGCCCCAUCUCGUCCUCCCCUCCCGCCGGCCGGCCCCAUCGCCGCCGCCACCGCCCGCCAUGGCCCUCGCCCUCCUGCUCCUGGUGGGGCUGCUGGGACCCCACAGCACAGGGCCGUUCCCAGUGCGGCUGGCCGGGGGCCCCGGGCGCUGUGCCGGGCGGGUGGAGGUGCAGCACGGCGGGCAGUGGGGCACCGUCUGCGACGACGACUGGGGGCUGCCGGACGCGGCGGUGGUCUGCAGGCAGCUGGGCUGCGGGGACGCCUUGGCCGCCCCACCGGGAGCCUGGUUUGGAGAGGGCUUGGGUCCCAUCUGGCUCAACGGGUUGCGGUGCCGGGGCACAGAGGAACGCCUGGUCCUGUGCCGGCACCGGGGUUGGCGUCCCCACGUCUGCGCCCACGAAGAGGACGCCAGCGCCGUCUGCUCAGCUCACCGUUUCCAGCCCCUCGGCACCGACGAGCACCCCUGGACGCCCACACCGCUGCCCACCGACACCCAGCCACCCGUUGCAGCAUGCACAGGUGCAGCCUGCACAGGUACAGUGUGCACGGUCAUGGUGUGCAUGGGCACAGCAUGCACGGGUACGGUGUGCACCAGCAAGGUGUGCACAGUCAUGGUGUGCACAGGCACAGCACGCACAGGUACGGUGUGA